AUGCGUGUAGGAUACUCCCUACUGCCGUUGCUGCUCGCUGCUUCUGGUAGCGCGCAGAGCGCAGAAUUCAUCUCACGCCGUGACCUCAAUGGCACUUUGAAGAUCGGCGAAAAUGCCACCCCGAGGCGGUUCAUCGUCGAAUUGAAGUCGCGUGCGCACAGAGCCCACGUCUCGGCCAAGGUUAAGGGACUCUCCGGGCUCCGCGUUGUGAAGGAGUUCGAUUCAGAUCUCUUCCCAGGCGUAAGCAUCGAGUGCGAGACUCACUGUAGCGCCGAGUCGCUCACAGACGCUCUUGACGCCGAUGAGGAUGGCCCUGUCGUAGCAUCGGUUUACAGAUCAACCCUCGUGCGUCUCUUGCCGGCCGCGAUCGAAGGCGAGUCGUUUAGCAACGAUGCGGCCGCUGCUAAUUACUCAGUACAUGGCUCGACAGGUGUCGAGAAGCUACAUCAAGCAGGAAUCAUUGGCGAGGCAUGGCCUGAUGUACCAGCCGAGCCCGACAACGAUCCGAUGGACGAAUAUGGCCACGGUACUCACGUCGCAGGAAUAAUUGCGGGCAAGAGUGACCAAUUUGUUGGUGUUGCUCCAGGUGCCAAAUUACUCUCCUUCAAGGUAUUCGGAAACAGUGGUUAUUCAAACGAAGAGGUGGUUAUCGAAGGGUUUCUCAAGGCCUUCGACUCGGGGGCUGAUAUCAUUAGCGCAAGUCUCGGAGAGAAUAGCGGCUUCACCUCCAAUGCUUGGGCCGUGCUAGCUUCGAGGAUGGUCGAACAAGGCUCAAAUGAGACACAGAUCGCUUACAUACCAUCGUCCGGUUUUUUCCCUAAUACCAUUCUCGGCUGGCCUAUCAAACCGGUGUCGCUCGACUCGUCUGUAGAGAAUGAUGCUUGUAGCCCACUACCGGCUAACACCACUAGCUUCAAUGGAACUAUCGCCCUGGCAAGAAUUGGAGGGUGUGAAGUUUCCGUCAAGCAUACCAACAUUGCAGCCUUCGGUGCACAAUACGUCUUAUUCUACAACGAUGAUAGACCGUACCAAACGUUAUAUACCAGCAAUACCACUGGUCUUAUAGCAGCUAUAGAGGCCCGCUCGGGUAAGGCAAUCGUCGAUGCAGUCGCCGCAGGUGUUGAAGUUACGGCAUCGUUUGACGUCGAUACCGCCCAUUACGUCGGCCUGUACAAUUCUGGUAGCGGCCGUCCGGCGCGAUACACGUCCUGGGGAGGAACCUACGAUCUAGCACUAAAACCAGAUAUUGCCGCCCCGGGUACCAAGAUCCUUUCUACUUAUCCAACCGACAAGUACCAAGUGCUUAGCGGCUCAAGCAUGGCUACUCCAUACAUUGCUGGCGUAGCCGCGCUGUGGGUAGGCAAGUUUGGUGGACGAGCCGCUCAUGCAGAUGAUCCUACGUGGGCUAAGCGGCUUACCGCAAGAAUCAUGGGCACCGCACGCGCUGUCCCUUGGGCUGACUGGUCUACAAGUACUACUGACUACGGGUUCUGGGCGCCUACUACUCAAGUAGGUGCUGGGUUUAUUGACGCCGAGCGCGUGUUGGAAUAUUCUACAGAGCUCGGGUUCGAAGGUCGCAAAUUCGAGCUUAAUGAUACAGCUCACUUUACCGGUACGCACUCGGUUGAUAUCACCAACUAUGGGGACAAGCCUAUCACGUACACAUUUUCGCUACAGGAUGCCGGCGGCUACGAUUCAUGGAGCCCGAUCAUACCGGGCCACCCACAAUCAUUUAUCCCCGGGCUCAAGCUCUACCCAGAGAUAAACCCAGUAAAGAUGACCCCUGAGGUGUCAUUCCCUAAGGGGGACUUCACUGUUGCUCCUGGCGAGAAAAAAACAGCUGAAUUUACUUUCACUGCCCCAGAAGGACUCAACACCAGCAGCCUACCCGUUUACAGCGGCAAGGUCUUAAUAAGCGGCGAUAAUGGCGAGCAACUUGGCGUUCCUUACUUUGGUGUUGCUUGCGACCUCAACCAAACCAUCACCAAUAUUUGGGACUACGGCAGUAAUUACCCUUGGUUGACAUCUGGGGUCUCGGACAAUAGAAUCCAGCAGAAGUCCAACUUUACCUUCAACCUUUCCCGCGAUGCGCAAGAUUUCCCUAAGCUUAAUACCGAAUUCGCCUGGGGUACGGAAGAGUUACGGUGGGAUAUCUUCGACGAGGAUUAUACAGAAUCCGACUGGACAUACCCACCUCAGGUCGGCAAGAAUAAAUAUGUCGGAUCGGCCACAAGUUGGAACGGUACGUCGAAGUCUCAAUGGUUCACACCGGGUCAAGACAGCGAGGAUGAUAUCUUUUCUUUCCCGCUAUACGACCAGCCGCGUGGUAAAUGGGGAAUCUACUACUGGCUAGGGCGAUUUGCCAACGGAUCGAGUAUCCAGGCUGGAUCUUACAGAUUCCGCAUCGCUACUCUGAGACCGUUGGGUGAUCCUCAAGUAUCGUACGAUUGGGACAUUUGGGAGACGCCAAAGGUUACAGUCCUACCACUAGAGAAGACAAAUACAUCGACUUCAAGAUAG